ACUGAUCCUGCUCGCUGGGAAAAGGAAACGUUAGGUGAUUCAGUCCGAGCGUACUGGGCUAAGAAAGGGCCGGAGUCCUGCCAGAAUAAGACGUGGGUAUCAAAGCUUCGGAACGAGUAUACAAACAGCAGGAACGUUUUUUCUCCAAAUUUCACUUCAAACACAAACUCAUAAAUGGUGAGUACACAUCACGGCAAUGGCCCUUAUAUUCCCCUUCCACCGGCUGUGUGUUUUGUUUUGCAUGCCGCAUCUUCAGUGAUGGUAACUGUUAGUCCAGCUUCGAAACUGGCUUUAGCCACUGGAAACAUGCCGCUGAGCGCAUAGGAGACCAUGAAAACAGCGAACACCGCAGGAAAACGAUACUGACCUACGUUACACCAGCAUCCGACAGCGGAAGAAUAGAUACAGAACUGCAAAAAGAGUUCUAGUCAGAGUGCGUCUACUGGACCGACGUAUUGAAAAGAGCGGUGGCGUUUGUGUAGUUUUUGUCAAGAGGGGACUGGCUAUCCGAGGUUCCAGUGACAUAUCUGGCAGGCCUGAUGACGGCAACUACAUGGGCAUUCUAGAGGUUUCAGUGACCCUUACUGUUUGCUGGGGCUGAGGGUGUCAGAAGAAACCCAAGAAGAAGAUACCCACAAAACAGAGAGUCCCCAGCCCAGGAGACGACAGAAAGCUGUGAUGAAGGAGGUGAUACCACAGCAUCAAAUUCAGAGAACAGAAGUCAAGAGGCAGACCCUGAACCCCACCUGGAAUGAAACUUUUCUCCUGGAAGUCAAAGAUAUCCACCUUACUGAGCUUUAUGUGGAAAUGUGGGACCUGGACGACGAUGAGUCUGCAAACCUGCGCCUGGCUGAAAUCCAUGGGAUCCAUGGGCUGAAGAGGCUGUUCAAAGACGUGAAGAAGGCAGCUCGGAAGCACGAGCAGGAUGAUUUUCUGGGAAAUGUGGUCAUUAAGCUGCAGAAUCUGCCCUACACUCCUGAAGAUAAAUGGUACACGCUGGAACCUUGUACUGAGACCUAUCCUGAUCGGGGCAAGUGUCACCUCCAGCUGAAGAUCAUCCACGAGCAGAGGGACACCGCCUUGAGCAGACAGGAGCCUGUCUUUCGAAUUCAUCGAGGCCUGCUGCAACGGUUUGUGCAGUUUGAUCGGCUGAAAAUGCAGGCAGGGGAUGUCCAGGGGGAAGUAGAAUUGAGUGCACCGGCCUCUACCAUUCUGUGUCUCCAUGCUACGCAGUGUGACCUUUCACCCUUCCUUCAGGAUCUGGCGAAAUGGCUGGCCUACAGCAAGCUGUACCGAGCUGUGGAAGUCAGCUACACCUCACUGCUCCAGCACCUGACCAGCAUCGAGUACCAGUGGGGACUGGCACAGGUCACCCUGCAACAAGAGGCGCAAGAUGAAUUGGCAGAGUCUUUCACAUCAUUCCUGGAUUAUGGACUUUCGCUCACCCAGAAGUACAGGGAGGUUUUUCCAAUCUCCGACCCCAAAUCAAUUGAGCACCAGCAGUCCCUGCUCAGGGUGCUGGUACAGAUCUGUAAGAUGAAAGCUUUCCACAAACUUUGCUCAUCAGUUCCUGAUCUCCAUGACAGAAUUGUUGAUGCCAUUAAGGCUGGAACCUCCGAGUGGUAUUACGCCCAGAAGCAGCUGUUGGAGCCCAUGAUAAAGACCGAGGAAGAAAAUGUGAAAUCCCUGGUGUUGCUUAUAGAUCAGCUGAAUACUGACCUUGCAAAUGACCGGAAAAAGCGUUUGAAGAUUUUCACAGGCACUGUUAAAGUCAACCUAUUCAAUAUCACCUAUCUGCAGCUCCAGAAGUUGGUGGCUGAGGAUCUUCAGGAACAAGUGAUGAGCACUGGAGGUGGCAGGACCAAGGCAGUUAUUGAGGGUCUCUACCAGUUGUACCAGAAACUCAAACAGCUCCUGCAUCAACAAAUUUACCUUUCACCAAGUGAAGAUUCCCUUCCACUGAGUGACUUCCACAAAUGGUUCAGCGACUCUUUGCCAAAGUGGUUACAGAUGGUGUACAACAAUACAGUGGAGAUGGUCCAGCGAGCGGUACAGAAAGAUCAGCUGGAGAGUCUGGGAGAGAAAACCAAGCACAGCAACUCUGCUGUAGAUAUUGCAACCUGCUACCUCAAGAUCAAACAGACGUGGACGCAACUGAGCUGGCCAGACUCUGAGCAAGCAUUUGUCAUCAUGGUCAAGCUGACCGAGGAUAUGUGCAAAAUUGCGUUAAUGUACUGUCGACUCAUUGAGCAGAAGGCAGAGGAACUGUCGUCCAGGGGAGACCAAGAAAACACAAAUGAUUCAGAUGUGAAUGCUGUGAGGUCGCUGCAGCUCUGCGUGGUUCUCAACAACAUGAGGCAUCUUCGGGAGGUCAUUUCGCAGUUGCCAGAAGACCUGGACUGGCAAGGGCUAAAGGAGGACACUGCCAGCAUGAUCUCACUGGAUCAGAUCCAGAACACGCUACACACCCAGCUCAAGAGGGUCAACGAUCAAAUCAACAAUAAGAUCCAGGGUGUGAUCCAAACCCUCGCACAGAAGCUGCAAGCAGACAUAAAGAAACACAUCCACAGCCUGUCCACAUCCAGUCAUGAACUGCCAUUGGAUAAUUUGAUUGUGCCUUUGAUGAGCUUUCUGGAGACUGAAUUUGCAUACAUGGAUACAAACCUGGUAAAAGAGAAUUUUCAGAGCCUUCUAGGUUUCCUUUGGACACACAUAAUUGAUGUCAUCAGCUUAACGUCAAAUCAUUGUGGGGUUUCUCAGGAAUUUUAUUCAAGGUUGAGCUACACUCUGCAGAGUUUGUUACAGUGCUUCCACGCUGAAGGAAAUGGUCUGCCCCUGGACAAGCUGCACACCACCAGCUUCGAGGCUCUUGAUGCUCAUUUGACUCUGAACGCUGCAAGCACUCACCAAUUAAUCCAGAAGUAUUGUGCAAAGAAGAUUCAGCAGCAGGCUACUGAGGAAACAUCCAAGUAUGGUGCCAUCACUUUAAAAGCGUUUUACGACAAUCAACUCCAAAAGCUCCAUGUAGAAAUCCUAAACGCAGUCAACCUCAUUCCACUGGAUUCGAAUGGUGCCAGUGAUCCUUUUGUGGAGUUGACUUUGCAACCCAAGCAUGUCUUCCCAUUGGUUGAAGCCAAAACCACAAAGUGCAAGUACAAUGACCUCAAUCCGCUCUUUGAUGAGAGCUUUGAAUUCAGCGAUAUUACUCCAGAGCAGUGUCGGACUGAGGGAGCCUGCCUGCUGCUCACUGUCUUCGAUCACGAUACCUUGCUCAGUGAUGACCUGGAAGGGGAAGCGUACUUUCCUCUGCAAGACAUUCCAGGACUGGACAGCACGGACGAAACGAUCACCAUUAGCAAGGUUCCUCAGACCCGACUGGCUCUUGGCCAUCCAAAACGAAAAGCAGAAGACAUUAUACUGAAGUUACUCGAGGCACGGAAAGGGGACCGAGAUGCUCUGGCCUUCAUUAAAAUGCGAAAACAACGAGAACGGAAGUCGAAGGAGAUGUAAACCGACGCUGGAUGGAUUCUGCAAGAGAGGUUUCAGGCACCUGGUAUUUCACUGACGGCCAGUGAGCACCUCAGCACACAGCGUGCUACAAGAAAAACUGCAAGCUGUCUAUCGGUGUGUAGUGGCUGGGUGCUAUCCCCCACACUGGGCGUGGGUUGUGAUGAACCUGGCUCCUGGUGCGGGACUGUCAAUGUACAGGCAUUGUUUGGGGUUGCCUGCCCUCAGGUUAUAGUGACUCUUCAAAAUGCUUGCCCUCAGCUGCCUCAGUCUUUCUGCUGAACUUCACAAUCCUGCUUCUCAAUCGAUUUUCAACAGAUCCUGCACAGGGCUUCAGUGAAUCCCAUGCUAGUUUUGAAAAUGUUCUUUGUGUUCUGAUGUUUAUAGCUCCGAUGCUGAAACUUAGUUAUACAGCGAUAGAGAUUAAAUCAGACUUUUUGUGUGAGUUAGUAUUUUAUUUAAUAUAAAUAAGCUUUGUGUUGAGGUUCAAUUUAAUUUUGCUGCAACUACUUGCAAGAUUCUUGUAUAUGGCCCAGGGUGGAGUACCAAGUCUGCCACUCACUCCAGAGGAGGGGGAGCUUUAUCCUGCCGGUGAUGUCAAUGUUAAUGCAAAGUGCCAAUAGAAUAGUUGAAUUGGCUUGGAGUUGUCCCAGUGUCCUGGCCAAAACUUAUCUAAAAUAAACAUAUGAA